AAAAAGGAGCUUGUUCUCUUCACAGCCCCGCUUCCUGCUGAUUGAGGGGUGGCCUAGACACAGAGAUGGAAGCCACACGCUGAGGAUGGCAGAGCCACGCUGAACGCCCUGGGCUGCUCACCUCCGACCGCUUCAUGAGAAAGAAAUGACCUUAACAGCAAAGUAUUCAAAACAAACGGGAAACAUGCAGACCACCGGGGCACUGCUCAUCCCUCCGGCUCUGAUCCGCUGCUGCACCAGGGGUCUACUCAGGCCUGUGUCUGCCUCCUUCCUGAGUAGGCCAGAGAUCCCAUCUGAACAGCCUUCCUACAGCAGCUCCCCACUCCAGGUGGCCAGACGGGAGUUCCAAACCAGUGUUGUCUCCCGGGACAUUGACACAGCGGCCAAGUUUAUUGGUGCUGGGGCUGCCACAGUGGGUGUGGCUGGUUCAGGGGCCGGAAUUGGAACAGUGUUCGGCAGUUUGAUCAUUGGCUAUGCCAGGAACCCGUCUCUCAAGCAGCAGCUCUUCUCCUAUGCCAUUCUGGGCUUUGCCCUGUCUGAGGCCAUGGGGCUCUUCUGUUUGAUGGUCGCCUUCCUCAUCCUCUUCGCCAUGUGAGGCUCCGUGGGGUCACCUACCCGUCCCUGCUGCUUCGAUUCCAGGCCCGGUGCUGGAAUGUGCCCAUUAAACACCAGAUUUCUCUAAACC